AUGUCAGGACAACGAGUAGAACGUAUGGUAGUUUUGUCACUUGUUUUGCUUGUGAUGAGAUUAACUGGCGCACAUGAUGUAACCUCACCUGUGCGUAGAGUGACUGGUGAUAUCGUGACAUCAGCACGGGCUCUGGGUGCGACAAAGUUUGUAUCGUACCUGGUAGCCACAGGGCUAGACAAGACACUCGCAGGACCGGGAACAUUUACCGUUUUCCUGCCAACAAACGACGCCUUUGGCAAUCUUUCUGAUGAUAUGAAAAACAACUUUAACGAUACGGAAUUCGCCAGGUCGACACUUCUUUAUCAUAUGACGUCAGGUCGACAUUAUAUGUCCGACUUUCAAGACGAAGAUGUUCUGAUCAGCCUCGAUCAGGAUUUGCCAAUCAGAAUAAAUAUCUAUCGAGGAGGCGAGGUUUUGACAGCUUCCGGAAGCGCUGUUGUCCAUAGCAACAUCAAUGCCAGUAACGGAGUUUUACAUGUUGUUGACCGCGUCAUGGUGAUGACCCCAGAGUUUGGCAGCGUUGCUGGUCUUCUAGGCUUUCCCAUAUUCCGCUAUAUGUAUUACGGAAUGAUUGAUGGGAAUAUGACUGGGCUUCUUUCAGGUGAUGAUCCUGUCACAGUGUUUGCUCCUAAUGAUGCAGCGUUCCAGAACCUGAAACCUGACCAAAUGAAGAAAUUAUACAAGAAUGCCACCGCAAUCAGACGAAUGGUGAGGAACCAUAUUGUUCGUGGGACCUUCUUUACUGCAGGCAUGUACGUGGGGGAACCAUUGACAACCCUAGAUGGACAAACGCUUCACGUAACAGUGGACAAAGGAAACAUCACCGUUGAUGAUGCUGCAUUGGUCAUACCUGACUGGACAUGUACUAAUGGAGUGGUUCACGUGACAGCGACUGUUUUUAUGCCCCCUGGACUUCUGGAGUCUGACAGAUAA